AGAGCGCGUGCUCGUCCUGCCUCAUUUCCUGUGGCUAAGACUCGACCGAGUGAGUGAGUGAGAGAGAGAGAGAGAGAGAGAGAGAGAUGGGUUCCUGAUACCGAAACGCGGAAAAGCAGGGGUGGGAGAGUUUGAAGGAGGAAAAAGAGACAGGCGGAGAGAACAGGGGGAUUUUACACUGACAGAAGCGUCGGGUGCUGCGUCCCUCAAACUGACCUGCACUCAACAUUUGCAUAACAAUGUAAAGUUUCAUAGGUGAUAACUCAUGAAGAAAUAGGGAUGAGCCUGCGUGAGGAGAAAGAAGCAGAAUCUGUCCAGAAGACACAGCCACUCAGUGAUCCAAUGAACAACCGUAAGGAAGACAUGGAAAUCGCAUCACACUAUCGGCAGCUCCUGCGUGAGCUUAAUGAGCAGCGGCAGCAUGGCAUCUUGUGUGAUGCAUGUGUGGUUGUGGAAGGUAAGAUCUUCAAGGCACACAAGAAUGUACUGCUGGGCAGCAGCCGCUACUUUAAGACACUCUACUGCCAGGUGAAGAAGGGAACAGAGCAACAGGCUACCAUCACACAUCUGGACAUUGUGACAGCACAGGGAUUCAAGACCAUUCUAGACUUCAUGUACUCUGCACACCUGGCACUCACCAGUAAGAAUGUUAUUGAGGUGAUGUCUGCUGCCAGCUACCUGCAGAUGACAGAGAUUGUACAGGCAUGUCAUGGCUUCAUCAGGGCAGCACUAGACAUUAGCAUCCGUUCUGAGUUGGCUGACAUGGAGCUGGCCAAUAUAGAGAUUAGUGGCAUGGUUGGCACAGGAACAGGUCAUGCUGGAGGAGCCUCUGAAGCACUGGCUUCCAUGAUCUCAGCUCGCAGCUCUUCGCCAUGGCUGGUACGUCGUACCAGUCCUGCCAACUCGUCAGGGGAUUCAGCAAUUGCCAGCUGCCAUGAAAGUGGCAGCACCUACAGCAAGGAGGAGCAUGAGCCUAAGAGCCAUGAGGACCCGUGGCCAAACGACUAUCGCUCACUUCAAGUCAAAGAGGAGCAGGGAUCACCAUCCAGUGCUCAAGACAGGACCAGCCAAGAGGCACAGGGAACACCCAUAGAGCAGAGUAAUGGAAGUGAAGGGGGCUGGCAAGCACCUGGUUCAAGACGUAGGAAGAACCGAAAAAAUAAGGACACAGUCAGGCACAUCAUGCAACAGAAUGAGGGCAGUAGUCAUGGAGGUUCUCCGAUGCCUUCUAUGAUUUCAGCAGCCAGCUGGAGCUACAACAAUCAGGCUGACAUUCCAGGAGCAGAUGAGGCUGAGCCCAGUUCAGAUACCCAAGACCAGCGGAUGGACUUUUUUAUGAAGCAGGAGGAAGCACUAGCUGGCGAACCGGGCUUCCAUGGCUCCUCAUUGGCCAGUGACAGGGAGGAGGUUAUGGGAGAAAGUCAAGACCAAGGUGGUUCUGUGGCCAACUUGCGGGCGGCACUAAUGAGCAAGAACAGCCUACUGUCUCUUGGAACAGAGAUGUUUAAUGAAGAAAAUACCCUGCUGUUUGACUACUUGCCGAAAGGAGGACAUUCUCUCUCCCUCAACGACUUCACGGUUAUCAGGAAGAAGUUCAAGUGUCCAUACUGCAGCUUCUCAGCCAUGCACCAGUGCAUCCUGAAGAGGCACAUGCGCUCUCACACAGGCGAGAGGCCCUACCCAUGUGAAAUCUGUGGCAAGAAGUUCACCCGCCGCGAGCACAUGAAAAGGCAUACACUGGUGCACAGUAAGGAUAAAAAGUAUGUAUGUAAGGUCUGCAGUCGGGUCUUCAUGUCAGCUGCCAGUGUAGGCAUCAAACAUGGUUCUCGUCGCCAUGGUGUUUGUACAGAGUGCUCAGGUCGUGGUAUGGCUGCCCUGCUGGACCACAACGGCGAGGAGGAAGAGCUCCUCUAUCCUGGCAAUCACCGUUUCCCUGAUGAGGGUGAAGAAGAGAUGAUCCCAGAAGCGGAGCUGAUGGAGGAAGCAGGAGAAGAAGGAGAGGGCACAAAAUGGCCUGGUGACUCAGGUAUGGCACAGCGCAAUGAACGCAUUACAGAUGAUGCCAAGGAGGAGAGUGAUUCAGUGCAAGAGGUUGAGACCAGGGCAGGCAGUGAUAAAGAAUUUGCAUGGAUUUCCUAGUUGUGCACCAGGAGUCCAGUCCAUCCUGACGCACCUUCUGAUAGGCGUGUGCCAGUCUGAAGUGCCAGAGUUAGAUCUCUGUGUUCAAAGGGAGCCACACGCACGCAUACCAAUCCUCGAGAUGAAGAUUUGGCGGCCAAAUGAGAGAAGAGAAUCCUCUCUUCAUGCUGCAAUGUUUGUCUGAGCCAGUGUUUGCUUCAUCUUCUUCCUUCUUUCAUCCUAAGGACCAGAUGAGUUGGGAUGUUGGUGUUUUAUAUAAUUUAUUUAUGACCAGAGAGAAUAAAAGUGUCUUGGAUGUUGCUGUUAAUCAAUCAAACUGUGUUGAUGGCUUGGAGAAACAAAGCAUAUGACUUACGCAGUCACCACUGGCUGCUGUCUUAACUAUUCCAAAUCUGGGUAUGUCCAAUGACUUUCAGCAGUUUUGAGCACAUUGUUUUCUGCAAACAAAAGCUGCCACAGACUUGCACUUUAAAUAUUGACUGUUGUGUCAAAUCCUUGUUUUUGUGGUUUACAUUUUUAUUCCAAUUUACAAAUAUGGUGACCGCUCCUACCUUUAAAUAUACAGUUCCUCAAGACUGUUAUAUAUUUGUGCAGAGUUUGCUGAUUAUAAUGUAUGUUUUUUAAAUAUUUUCUUUCUUUGCCAAUUAUGUUUUCUUAAAUCACGUGCACAUAAAAACAGGAAUGCGUAUAUUUGAAGAUUUUGUGUUUAUAAAAGACAAUGGAUAGAAAAGAGAACACUAUGCAGAAAUGAAUUUGUCAGCUGUAGUUCUAGUUUCUCCUUCAAGGAAGUGAGAGAGAGAGAGAGAGAGAGAGAGAGAAAGGGGUUAUGGUUGAUAUUUGAAUUAAUUGUAAUAUUACUUUUUUUUUUAUCUUUAAUAUUUCCAUAUAACUUGCAUUCCAUGUCUCUUAGUCAGGGGAAAGGCUUGAUUUAUUUAGAGAAUAUCCAGUGAGAGGUGGGUGAUUGUGUGUCUGAGUUAAUGUCUGAAUGUAUAUGCACAUGUGUGAGUUAUAUAGGACCUAAGGUUGUGGCAUUGUUGAAUAUGUGAAGCCACUUAAACUAUUCAUAAGUCUUUACUGCUAUUGAUCAUUUUUAAACUUUCUCAAAAUUGUCACUCAUUAGUUUAUUGUAUUUUACUUUUUUAAUUCUUGUACUGAAUUUCACCUUCUGCCUCUGGAAUCUUGAAACCUCUGUAAUUUGACAGGGAGAGCCAUGCCUUCCUCAAAAGUAUUUGUUACAUCUGGACUCAGAAAUGUAUGCAUUGGUUUGUUUGUUUGUUGUUUAUUCAUGGAUCACACGAGAUGUUUGAUCUUCUGUGAUGUUUCUUUUUAAUAUCUCUUCUUUUUUCCAUUCCUCUUUAAGACUGUUUUUCUUCUUCAAUGAUUGGUGUCUAGUUUGUUAAAAACACCAAACUGUGUAAAAGGUUUGUUUUGAAAUUACCUUAAAUCUGGUGCAUGCUUUAAGUGAAUUUUGGCUGGGUUUUUUAAAAUAGGUUAUUUAUUAAGCCUAUGAUUACUCAUCUAUUUAGAUAUUUCCACCCUUCUGUUUGUCUCUAGUUUCAAGAGCACAAACAGUAAAAACGUGUAAUUUUUUUUAUGUAUGACACCGAUUUGUGAAUGUCUGUUUUCAUUGUUUGUGUGUUCUUGCUAUGAGUACUUAUUAUUAUUAUUAUUAUUAUUAUUAUUAUUGAUGUUGUUUGUGUUGUUGUUAUUAUUAUUAUCGUUGUCAUUAAGUGCUGGAUGCUAAGCUUUAUUGGGAAUUUCAUUUAGCUAUUUGUUUUCUCUUGGACGAGAGCAUAAACUCUCAGAUUUGCCUUGUUUGUGGGCAGUCUACUGUGUGGCUUUUUAUGAUGAGUGCCAGUUGCAUUUCUACUUGAUAUUUUAAAUGACUUUUCUUUUUUUUUCCAUGAGAACAGAAACCUGCAGCUUGGCUAAUCUUUUUUUUAGAGAAAGAUAUAUACUGCACAUGUUUCUUUAUUUUACUGACAUACACUAAAGUAAUGAAUAUUAUGCCAAAAAAAACUUAUCUAGUAUACUUUGUAUACAUUACAUGAAGUGCUUUUAUUUCAACAGUGUGCAGGUGUGAAGCUUUGAAUAAUGUUUUUCUUUGUUAACUUAUCUUAUUUUUCACUAACUCUAGUAUGCACAGAUAUUUGGUGUCAUUAUAUAAAAUAAAGGGUGUUCUAAGAUUCCUUAAGAUGAGUUUAGCUUUAAAAAUGUUGCCCUUAGAGAUCUGCUCAGAGUUUCAUUCAUAUGCGCUACUGUAUGUUUUCACCUUGGACAUAGAGGUCUAAGACAUGGCACUGGAUUGGGAAUUAUGGGAAAUGUACAUUUAAGUGAGAAUUAAAAUACAUUGUUUGGACCUUAAGUCCCAUCUAAUUAACUCCAAGACUGGGAUAUUUGCUUGGUUUUCUUUGUUUAAUUUAUUGUGAUCCUCACCUUUAAAUAAAAUGUAAAACAUCUUUUUAAAUUAAUAGAAGGAAAUUGGAUGACAUCAUUUCGAUCUGGUUUUUAAUCAGGAUACUUCUCAAAUGUGCCUAAAUGUAUUUGUGUGUGUGUGUGUGUGUGUGUGUGUGUGUGUGUGUGUGUGUGUGUACAGAGUGUCCCAAAAAUCUCAAUAUGUAGGGGAUGGUUGGACCAAUAGUUUCCGGGUUCUUGUGUUGGUUGUCUUGGUCCCGUUGAGUGGCCUCAGAGAUCCCCAGAGCUCAGCUCGCUUUAUUUUACCUGUGGGGGCAUGUGAAGGCUUGGAGUACCACAAAAAGACACAGGGCAAAGAUCAUUUAAAGGAACGCAUUUGAAGUGCAAUUACAUGCAUAGCACCAGAUGUGGUAAGAUGAGUUCAUCAUGAGUGGGAGAGAUGAUUCCAUGUGUGUUUACAAAGAAAUGGCAAUCAUGUAGAGAAUGUUUUAUAAAUAAAAUUACAUUUUGCUAAAACGUGUUAAUAUUUGCCCGAUGUAUGGAGAGUUUUGGGACAUUGUGUGUGUGUGGGUGUGUGUGUGGGUGAGUGGGUGUGGGUGGGUGUGUGUGUGUGUGCGCACAUAAAAGUAUAAAAGGUAUGCUUUGUAUGAACUCAACUUAUAACUUCUAUUUUAUGGUGUGAGCCUUAUUUUCUAUUGUAUAACAUUUCAAGGGAUAGUUUCUGUAGAAAUCACAAAGGUUGUAUAAUUUGGUGUUGUGUAUGUUUCUGACGCAUUGCUUUGACUUUUCUGCUCAUGACUGUUCACCUGUAUUUGUCUAUAAAGUUAAGUUUAAUGUGGGACAAAUCAGUCCUGAUGAAAAAACCGCAAUCUGUUUGGGUACAUGUCUAAAUGAAAAAAGUAUGAAGCCAUAAGUAAACUUUAGAUUCAAUUUAA